CUGAUUCGAUCAUAACAAGUUUUCGUAACAAUAAUCAUUGAAUUAUAGAAAGUCAACUUGAAAGUAUUUAAAUAAAACUGGCAGAAGCAUUUGAAUAAAACGAAAAAUGCAUAAUAUACUAUCACGUCGUGUGAUUAAUCAUGUUUUGCAAUCGAGAUCUAAACUAAGAUUUUCUGCAUCACUUGGUACUCAAACUCCAAGAGCUUUAGAACAACAAAGUAAUCAGAACCAAAGUAAUGAGUUGAUUAAUACUAAAACUUCUAAGCCAUCGUUUUCUAGUUUACUUCGACAUAGUAACUUAAUUCAUUUAGGAGAUCCUGAAAAUAUGAUUGUUGUUGGACAAAUUUUUGAAGUUGUUAACAAUGAUUUAUAUAUUGAUUUUGGUUGGAAGUUUCAUUGUAUAUGUUCAAAGCCAGUAAAAAAUAACAGUGAAUACGUGAGAGGUGCAAAAGUAAAGCUAAAGGUCAAAAGUCUAGAACUGUCCACAAAAUUUCUUGGAGCAACCACAGAUGUAACGUUACUAGAGGCAGAUUGUGUAUUGAUGGGUCUAAUAUCAUCACCAAAAAAAGUUACUGCAUAAUGAAUAGUUGAUAAUUUAUAAUCAAAAAAAACUGUUAGUACUGUUAAUACUUUUUGAUAAAGGUAAAACGAUAAAGUUGAAAAUUUAAUGUA